AUGGCUAGGGUCUCGAAGGUAGUUGGAAUUCGACAAGGAGGCCAUAGCCGUAUUCGGUGGCGAGCCACACUCGCCACGUCACAACGCUGUCGUGAGACACAUGUGGUGUUUUGUGUGGAGAACCCUUUCCAAGUGGAUAAUCCAUCACAUCCUCGAACACUGCCGUUAAUCAUCAUCAUUGUACAGCCAAAUACAGUGAAGCGAACUCCGCUGGUCGCUGCCAAACUGGCAAUACAUACAAGCUUGGAAUCUGUGUUCUUUACCAAUCCCUUGAAUUUUGAAUGCUAUGAGUUGCAGAAUUCCUUUUUGGUAAUUGACGGAGACGAUUUAUUUCGUCUCCUGGUGGCUCACCUGAACCCAGGUGAAUCCGAUACCGAAUGUCUUCAAUUUGCACUCGAAGUCUAUGAUUUGAUCUCGCGAUUGCAGAUGAGCAACCUGGAUGCCAUUUUCCUUUUCGAGGGAAUAGCGCAAGAUAAUAUAAUUCACGACUUGGAGGAAAAGCACCCGUCGGCCCUGGCUCCAAGGGCCCAGCAAACUCUUCUCGGUAUCCUCAAAUAUUAUUCGGUCCACCGCUUUUUCCUGAAUGAACCGGUAUCCCGAGCGGCAUGCAGUCUUGCAGCGAGAUUGCAAUGUCCGGUUCUUGGGUCGAAAAAUGCCUACUAUAUUAUAUCGGGCGAUUCCUCCAUGUCAGUACCAUUCAUACCACUGCGUCUGUUGAAUCCGAAAACGGUACCAAAUGACUUUCUCCUGUUUCUUAAGAGUCGCACAGAAGGUGCAGAUGAUGUGCUCUCCGCUUACGCUUUCUAUCCGCGUGCGACCGUUCUCGCCCAACUGGAUCAGAACUCUCGCUGUAUGUUAGGUGUCUCGUGGAACGCGGGUUUGAUUUAUCACCAAAACCAGCUGUCCCGUCAGAAUCCUGUUGCUCCAAUGGACGACCAUUUUCGUCUAAACAACUUGAUUGAGUGGAUACAACAGCCCAAUCAAGAUCAUGGUAAUCAAUUGACCUCUCUGUUGUAUGCUGGAGACAGCAGUUGUCUAACAGAGUCUUGUGCUUUGUAUAUGUGCUUACCACAUUCUAUCGGUGAUCGUCUGUGCUCUCUGCUUCAAUCUCCAAUAAUGGCAGAUUCUGGAUUUCUCCCAAAUCUGGAGGUAAAGCCGAGCACACCUUCAGCGACCUCUGGAUUGGACCCCGGAUUUGAUACUGGGGAAAUUCGUCUUCUGUCUGGUUGGCCUCCCAGACUUACUGCGGCCUACAGGCGAGGCGAAAUUCCCUUGUCCUUGAUAGCUUCCAUGUAUCUGCCCAAAUCGUCACAGCAAAGAUUUCGACUGGAACCUUCUGAGCGCACUGACUUCCAAUCUGCGCGUCCACUUAUAGUAUUUUCCGCUUGUAUUCUGUUGGGCAUGGAACAACAAAUCCGUAAUCAACGAAAACUAGUAGGUUUGAAUGAAAGCCAAUCGGAAGUCCUAUUGGGAUCCCCGAAAUCCCCUCAGAGUUGCUCCGUUUCACUUGAACCAUAUCCGUUGAACUUCCGAGUUGACCGUACGGAUGCCAUCUUAAAGGCUUUAUUUGGUUUGCCGAAGACAGUUGAAUCCGUCAACCCAGACUGGUUGUUUGGUUUCGCAUUCGCAAUCAACCUAUGGUAUCGUCAGACCACUAAACUUCAUUGUACACAGCCUGAAAGUGCCACUCAAUCGCUCCAUGAAUCCGCAGUUGCAUUAGCUAUAACCAGUGUGGCAGUCGCGACGGUGUAUAACACAGAAUAUCCGCAUACAGAACUACGGACGCACUACACCCGGGUUACUGACUUUGUGCUAACCGAAUUGCGAACAUCAGGAUUUAGAUCGAAAAAAGGGCACCAAUUCCCAACCAAACCGAAGCGUGACUAUGAGGCGAUUCAAUCUAUCUAUCAAGCGUUUCGUGCUCUAGUCGCCCUGCUUGAUAGCAUACUCCAUCCAAAUGCUGGAUCCGAGUUCUCUGGUGUACGCGUUAUCGGAACAUUUGCAACUCCAGAUUUCUGCAGUUCGGCAAGACUUGGCGAAUCAUUUUUGGCUGCCUAA